GAAGUAACUGAGAGUAAGACAGAGCAACGGACAGGUGUUUUUUUGCGCUGUUUUAAAUUUUCCUUUGGAAAGUUCGGGAUUGUUGUAAAACUGUAAAGAUCAUUGUAAUACCUGUAAAUAGAACGGCACCAUAAGAGAACCGUUGAUUUGUUUAAUCUAGAAGCGCGCACGCGCCGCUUUCCCCUUGCUCUCACAAUAUACUCCGCGCGUAACCGCCGCCAUAGUUGAUAUUUCUCCGAUAGAAUAUUAAUAGCAGCGUAAGUUUUCGCGGUUAAACGUAUUUUUAUUUACUUGACCGAGGGAAACAAGAAUGCGUUCAACGAGGGCGGUGAGACGAGGUCAUUCAAGAUAAAGCUGGGACUCGUAGGAAGAAGGAGGGUGUCUACUUUCACACACAGCUCGUGGUUUUCAGGAGAGUGGCCUGGCAUCGUGGCGCUUCGAGUUAACGUGUGGCCACUGUCGGAUGGCUAUGUACCGUUAGGUCGAAUUCAUUCCCCGUUGGCCGGCCCAAGACCCACGCUUACCUACCGACCGGGGGCCAUACUCGAUCGAACUCGACUGUCGUAAACCCGGAAAUGAGUGCGCGUCGUGGCUUGCCGUUACCGUAGCAGAAUUGCCCAGUAGUGCGCGAAUUUGUCACGAGUCACGACUCGUCGAUCAUCUCGACGAAGAGACGUGCACGUACAUUUUGGCGUACGACUCUUCGUCGUAUGACGUGUGCACCCGCAAGCAAAAGUAGCUGUGGCUAGCCGAGUGCGGCGGUGGCACGGCGGCAAACGUAUACGUAGAAAUGAGAAAGUUGCUGCUGCCGCGGUGAAGAUUGAGAACGACGCAGGCGAGCCAGCCAGGCGGACGGUCUCUGUACUACGCGAGGCUUCGACGCAGCGACAGUAGUAGCAGUACACUGAAAGGAGUGCACACAGAAGAAGCACAGCUGCUCGUGGCAAGCACGCUCGUAUACGAGACACGAUGUAUUUACUUUACUUCGGAACGUGUCUACAGAAGGAACGUUACGGGAUUAGAGAAUAUCUGUUGAAUUCUAUGAAAACACGGAAUAUCUUUUGAAACAGUUUCAAGUAUCGAAGGUCGGUGCACUUCGACAGCAAUACUUAUACUGCGUCAAAUUUAAUUAUCGUGAAAAAUGAAUUUCACUCCGUUCCCCGGCUUUACAACAGGCUCGCUACCGACGGGCACUGUGCAUCAGUUUGCAACUGCUAAAUUCGCGCAAAAUCUACCCACCGGUGGUCAAGUGGUUGGCGUUUUAUCCGGUGGCGAAGGUGGCGUUCAUUAUCUGAGGCCGGUUGAUCCGAACGGGUUCGCAGUGGCACAAGGGGGUAACAAUCAGCAGCAGCAAAUUAUCACGCUGCCAAUCACUGUACCUGGAAAAGAUGGAACACAACAACAGCAAACCGUCCAGAUCCAGGUGGUUAAUCCCAGCGUAUCGCAAAGCGGGAACAGCGGUGAUCAACCCAAGUAUCAUUUGGCUCCAAUAUCCUUGGGACAGUUUCCCCAAGGGGCAGCAACAGUGCUUACCGUUGCAUAUAGUCAGCAAGGCGCAGAUGGAGUACAAAUUCAAGUUCAACCACAGAACACCGUGGCUACGACGCAAACAUCUGAUCAGACAACUCAGAGUACAUCCACAGCAGUCACCACUACAUCUCAGCAAACUAUUCAACAAACAGUGCAGCUACCAGGGGCACCGGAAGGAUUAACUGUCGUCGCGCAGAUUCCACAGGAUUUAAUUUUACGCGAAGGUAUGGAAGAGUCGAAAGAAGACGUGAAGGAAGGUACGACACCGGUCGCUCUCAUUAAGAGAGGUAACAUUAAGAAUCAAGGAAAUCAAAGUGGAGAGGAAUAUAUUACGUCUAUGCCUGCCAGUUGGCAAAGUUUGGCAACGCCGGGGUCAACUGUUGCCGAUUAUCUCUCUAGACUGCCUGCUAGUACCUUGCCUCUUAGUUUACAGCACUUUUUGAAAUUUUCGGCAGAAACGAUAAAGAGAGAAGCCACUAUCGAAUCAAGUCCUUUAGGAGCUGAUGGUUUAGACGCAUCUGGAAGCACCGCAUCUGGUGAACAAGCGGUACAAAUUACUGUGGCAAGUGGAGAAACUGCUAUUAUCCCUGAUGUUGUUGAAGAACAGGAAUCUGGUACGAAACCUAAAAGAAAAAAGAAAUAUAAGAAAAAGCCUCCAAAGCCCAAAAAACCGAAACCAGGCCAAGUAAGCAUAGUUACUGCUCUCGAUGGCACAACAUUAUUCUGUUGUCCUCAAUGUAAUAUGGCUUAUCCUGAAAAGGAACUUCUGGAACAACAUCUUAUUGGACACAAAAUAGAAAGAAGGUUUAUUUGUGACAUUUGCGGCGCAGGUUUGAAACGUAAAGAACAUUUAGAACGACACAAAUUGGGCCACAAUCCAGAUAGACCUUUUAUUUGUUCAGUUUGCAUGAAAGGUUUCAAACGAAAAGAGCACUUGAAUCUUCAUUUUGUUAUACAUUCUGGACAGAAAACUGAGGUCUGUACCGAAUGCGGUAAAGCAUUUUAUCGCAAGGAUCACUUGAGAAAACAUGCUAGGUCUCAUUUGGCAAAACGUAUCAAAGAAGAUCCUUCGAACAUUGCUGAUACUGCCCAAAAUUCGCAACAGCAAACGGAUCAACAACAACAACAGGCGGAACAACUGCAGCAGCAAGCAGAUCAAUUGCAACAACAGUCAUCAGUGUCCGAAUUGCAACAGAUUCAAAUACAAGUAGGUCAAGGAUCUCAGGCACAGAUUCAUCAAAUAGCUGUCAGUGAACAGUCUACAGUUGUUCUUCCAACUGCUGCGGAGACGGGUGCAAUGGCUAUGCUCCAUCAUCAACAGCAGCAGCAGCAGCAGCAACAGCAACAGCAACAGCAACAGCAGCAGCAGCAGCAACAGCAGCAGCAACAACAACAACAACAGCAGCAGCAGCAGCAGCAACAACAACAGCAACAGCAGCCGCAGCAGCAGCAUUAGCAGCAGCAUACCGCCCCGAAUCAACCCGGGCGGUUCUUCCGAUUUAAUCAUCAACAAGCUAGAGGUCGUGCAAGACAAGGUGUUCUUGCCGAUUGAAUUCUAUAAUCUCAUAGUUCAAUUGGUAUCGUGUAAAAAAAUUCGUUGAUGGUUAUCGUUGCCUAGUAGCGGUAUUGCAAAAUUGAGACAUUUUCUGUAUCUUUAAAUAAAGAUACUUUUACUGAUGA